UACACCAAGUAGUUGUCAACUGCCAAUUAAAACAGAAGAAGAAGAAGAAGGAGAUAAACACGGUUUCACGUCUUAUUCUACAUAAAACCAGAUCAACAGAUCUCUGUGUGUGGAGAAUUUCUUGCUUGAGAAAACUUUGGAUGGGAUCCUUUGGUCCGUUGGGAACAUGGAUCUCGGACUUUCGUAUAGUUCUGGCUGUAACGUUACUGAAACGCGGCAGCUUGACCAACUGAGCGUGAUGGUGAAAGAAGAAGAUAUAAAAGAGGAGGAAUAUGGUCAUAUGAUUUCAUGUCCAGAUGAAGAUGAAAAGUCCUUUGCAGAUCCUCGCUGUAAAGCUGAAACAGAUGCCACAGAGUCCAACGUUAGUUACACUGAAACACAACAGACAACUGCGGAGAUUGAAGUGAAGAAAGAAGAUGAACAAGAACACAAUUAUCUGCUGGGAAAAAACUUUGAAUGGGAUCAUCUUUGGUCCGUUGGAAACAUGGAUCUCGGACUUUCAUAUAGUUUUGGCUGUAACGUUACUGACGCGCGUCAGCUUGACCAACUGAUGAUGGUGAAAGAAGAAGAUAUAAAAGAGGAGGAAUGUGGUCAUAUGAUUUCAUGUCCAGAUGAAGAUGAAAAGCCCUUUGCAGAGCUUCACUGUAAAACUGAAACGGACGUCACAGAGUCCAACGUUACUGACGAUGAAACACAACAGACAACCGCGGAGAUUGAAGUGAAGAUUGAAGAUGAUGAACAAGAACACGAUUAUCUGCUGGGAAGUGUGUCUGAACACCCACAUGUAACGCAACAGGAGAUCCAGGGACAGAACGAUGAACUCAACCUGCAACUCAAAGGAAGGCUGCACCACUGCACGGUCUGCAGGAAGAGUUUCACGGUCCUGAGAGAACUCAAGAAACACCAGCAAACACACUCUGUUAGUGUGAAUGAAAAUCAGAACACUGGUAGCAAAAGGCGACAUGAAUGUGCCCAGUGUGGGAAAAUAUUCUUAAAAGUUUCAACUCUUAAAACCCAUAUUUUAACUCACACGGGAGAGAAGCCUCAUAAAUGCAUCCAGUGUGGAAAAUCGUAUUCACGCGUUUGGUGUCUUAAAACCCACAUGCUAAUACACACUGGUGACAAGCCUUAUACAUGUGACCAAUGUGGAAAAGCUUUUACAACAUCCACACAUCUUAAACACCACAUGCUCACACACUCUGGAGAAAAGCCUCAUAAAUGUGACCAAUGUGGAAGAACAUUUUCACACCGAUCAAAUCUUAAUAUCCAUAUGAUGACGCACAGUGGAGAGAAGCUUCAUAUAUGUGCUCACUGUGGAAAAGCGUUUUCACAAAUUGCACAUCUUAAAACCCACAUACUAAUACACACUGGAGAGAAGCCCUAUAAAUGUGCCCAUUGUGGAAAAGCUUUUACAACAUCCACACAGCUUAAACUGCACAUUCUCACACACUCUGGAGAAAAACCUCAUAAAUGUGACCAAUGUGGAAGAACUUUUUCACACCGUUCAAAUCUUAAUGCCCAUAUGACGAUGCACACUGGAGAGAAGCCUCACAUAUGUGUCCAGUGUGGAAAAGGUUUUGCAAGAAUUUCAAAUCUUAAAAGCCAUUUUUUAACUCAUACCGGAGAGAAAUGUCAUAAGUGUAACCAAUGUGGGAAAGCUUUUUCACAAAAUUCAGCUCUUAAAAAACAUAGUUUAACUCAUACCGGAGAGAAACCUCAUAUAUGUAUCUAGUGUGGAAAAGCUUUUGCACGAAUUCCGUAUCUUCCUUGUACACACUGGAGUGAAGCCUUAUAAAUGUGCCAAUUGUGAAAAUGCCUUUGCAACAGCCACACAACUGAAAUGUUAAAUUAAAUGUUAGUUAAAAAAUAUUUAUUUUUUUAUGAGAUUUUCCUUUUUCUCAAAAUAAAUUUGCUUCCCUUCAA